ACAUAUAAGUAAAUAGUAAGACCCGGCUAAGAAUCAUUGAAGCCCAACAAUUUCCCGCCAUGUUAACAAUCAAUCCUAAAACCCUAUCCCCUUCUCCCUUUAUCCACAAAACCUUGAUAAACCCCAAAUAUUCCUCAACUUCACCCAAAUUCUCGAACUUUAACUCAUUAAUUCGCUGCAAAUGCAAUCAAGUAACCGAAAGGGGUAUCCUUUUUGACACCGGAGAGACCUUUUUCCGCCAAGAAAGCGCCAUAGGCCGGGACCUCGGUGUCCUCUCAGUAGCACUCUACAAGCAGUCCAAAGGCCAAUUAAGAGUCCUCGAUGCAAUGUGCGGCUGCGGAAUCCGAUCCCUUCGCUACCUCGUCGAAUCGAAGGCCGACUUCGUUUUAGCCAAUGAUGCAAACGAGAGCCACAGGAGGGUUAUUUUGGAGAACUUGGCACAAGUUGAGAGGUUUCAAGGGGAAAAGAAGAGAUGGGUGGUUACGCAUUGUGAAGCAAAUCGGGUUCUAACGGAUUGUUAUUUGCAAAGGGAUUAUUUUGAUUUUAUUGAUAUAGAUUCUUUUGGGAGUGAUUCGUCUUUCUUUCUAAGGGCUGCAUUUAGUAGUUUGAAGCUUGAUGGGUUGGUUUAUGUUACUUCCACUGAUGGGUAUUCAUCUGGGGGUCACCGCCCUUUUCAUUCAUUAGCAGCAUACGGAGCAUAUGUUCGUCCAAUGCCAUAUGCCAAUGAGCUUGGUUUGAGAAUCCUUAUAGGAGGUGCUGUGAGGGAGGCUUCUGUGCUGGGCUAUCAUGUUACCCCACUUUUUUCUUACUAUUCUUACCAUGGACCUGUUUUUAGAGUCUUGCUCCGAAUGAAUCGAGGGAAGCUACCUGACAACAGGGAUUAUGGUUUCAUCUGCUAUUGUUACCGCUGUGGAAAUUCCCAAGCAGUCUCAUGGAGUGAACUUGGUCGAAUCAGAUGUCCUUGCAGUAACUCAAAAGAUGCUGCAUCACUUGUUGUGUCUGGCCCUAUGUGGACGGGACCUCUUCAUAGUGCUGCUUACAUAAUGGAAAUGUUAAAUUUAGCUGAGCAGUGGGGAUGGGUGGGCAAUGGUGCAGGAACUGAUCUAGAAAAACUGCUGAAACGGAUGGUGGAAGAAAGUGACCCCAGAUUACCAUUUGGAUACAUCAAGUUGGAUGAGGUGGCAUGUCGUGCACAAACAAAUACUCCUUCCAUAAGGACUAUCAUGAACUCCCUUCACAAGGAGGGAUAUGCUGCAAGUAGAUCACACAUUGCCUCCAAUGCAAUAAAGACCGACUGUCCCAUGGCAGGAUGCAUCAGGAUUGCCAAGAUAUUACAUGGGUGCUGAAAAUUUCAAGUUUUGGAGGCAUUAAUCAUACGUCUAUAACAGUCCUGGAACUCGAAGCCACACCUAGUUCCUUUGCCUGCAGUUGAGAAGUGUGAUCACGGAUACCCAUUCCAAGAAGAAAAGACUUGGUUCCAAAUGCCUAGAACUUUGAAAGCUUGAGCUGUUCUAGCUUGUUUGAGUUUGGAUCAAAAUUUGCCAAUCUUGCCUUAUUAGAGGGGGCAAUGCAGUAUGCAAUAGGAAAAGAUAGAGCAAUCAAGUUUGAGCUGAGUUGUAAUCAUUUCAAAGAGGGAUGAAUUGGAUUUAGAUUCGAAUUCAAGCCAAACUUUGAUUGGUUUUGAAUGGGUUAGACAGCAUGUUUACACCUAAUCAGAUUUUUCACACCAA